AGAAAAAGUAUUGACUGGAUAAAACACAAAUAGGCCAUUCAGUCACAACCUGAAUAGCAUCCCAAACAAUUUUCGUAAACUUUAAAGGCAAGUAAAGUCGCCGUUGAUUUCAAGGCAGACAAGCUGGCUGGGUCACUGUGUGCUACGUUAGAGAAGUCAUCUCUUUAAUACCAUCGAAUAAUCAGUGUUGGCCAGACUGACACGGCUUUCCCAGACAAGUCAGAAUAGGAGGCACGAGUUAACCAAAGCCAAGACAAAGUAGGAUAGGCAAGAUUAUCGUAGCUAAGCCAGGCUUCGGCCGAUUAUGUCGAUCACCCCCAUCCCACCCCCGCCAGUACAGCCUAACCAGCGUCCUGUCCCCCACCCAGACUCCACGACAAGCAGAACCAGUAAGGGAACUAAAGCAAAGGCAAGACAAGAUAGACAUGACUCCCAUUAACUCGUAAGUCAGGGUAGGCCAAACAAGUCCAAUAACCCAGCCCACCCCAGCCAGGGCCGUUUACCUCGUGUCCUUUCCCCUCUCACCGAUCGCCCCCUCCCGCCACAAGCUUUAAGACAACUGCAGUGUGACAUGUAUCUAUCAAACCAAUGUGUGUGGCUGUGUUUGUUUGUGUUGCGUAACUGACAUCAAGGGAAAGUGAGAUGUCUUAAAGGAUUAUGCGUGCGUUCGUGUGUUUGUGUUACGUUGUUGCCAUCAAGGGAAAGUGUUGUCAUCAAGGGUUGUGUGUUUCUGUGUUUGUGUGUUUGUGUUGUGUUUAGGUCCAGGCUAGUCAGGCAAAUCUAUCACCCCAGUCCACCCCUACCAGCACUAUACCUAACCUUCCUUUCUUCCUUCCACAGCCCCAUGAACGCGUCGACGGAGGACUGGUGGGAGAUCACCGUCUUAGAGUACCGGGAAGAGGCGGCGGCGGGGUCAGCAGCGGGGGAGAGGGCGGCGGGGACAGCCCAGGCGCCCACCUUCGCAGGUAACGUGACGUUGGAUGAGCUGCUGGAGAACCUGACGUGGGCGCGCGAGCUGGGCGUGCCGCGGGUCUGGCUCCUCACGCACGCCACCGUCGCUGUCCCGGCCGAGCUGCACCUCCUCGUGGCGUUCAUCCUCACCACCAUCGGCGUCCUGGGUACCGCCGGCAACGCUAUUGUGGUGUGGGUCUUCAGCAGGUUUCGGAGGCUGCGGACACCUGCCAACACCUUCAUCGUGAAUCUGGCGGCGAGCGACCUCAUCACGUCCCUGCUGCACUCCAUGGCCGCCUACUCCUCCUUCAGGCACCAGUGGUCCUUCGGCAGGCUAGGCUGCAGUGUGUACGGGGGCGGCGUGGGUCUCCUGGGCCUCGUCUCCAUCGUCACUCUUUCCUUCAUCGCCGUGGAGAGACUCAUCGUCAUCCGCACCUCGUCUUCUUCCUCCAAGUGGCGCAUCACGCGACCAACGGCCAGGAAGCUCAUCCCCGCCAUAUGGGUUUACUGCGGCGCCCUCUCGCUCCCGCCCUUCUUCGGCUGGAGUGCGUACGUCCCUGAAGGACUGAUGACGUCAUGCUCAUGGGACUACAUCAGCAGAAGCAGCAGCAACCGUGCCUACUACGUGUACCUGCUGGUGGGCGGCUUUGUGCUGCCCGUCACCAUCAUUAUCUACUGCUACACAUACAUCCUGCUGGCACUCUUCCGCCACUCCCGCCUCCUGCUGGCCCACGCGGCCCCCAGCAGAUCCACCUCGACGCGCCGGACGGACUUACGCACUGCCCAGAUGGUGCUGACGCUCAUCCUCCUCUUCACCAUCAGCUGGAGCCCCUACGCCACCGUCAGUUUCAUCGGUCAGUUUGGAGACGUGAGGCUGCUGACCCCGUGGGUGUCAGCUCUGCCGGCACUCUUCGCGAAGGCCUCCGUCAUUUACAACCCCAUCGUAUACGGCAUGAGCCACCCGCAUUUUCGCUCCUCCCUGCAGCACCUUUUCUCGAGCGUGGCCUCCACCCACCAGCACGUCCACUACAAGGCCUCCACGGCCGCGCGACACAUCUCCGUCAACUCAGUGGUUGCUCAGCCCGAAGACGACCACCGCCCCUGGCAGUCUGACGUCUCCCCCGCGCCACGCUGCCCCACAACUUUCACCCCAAGAGGCCACUCAGUGGGGCGUGCGCCGAACGAGGAGUCAUGGACCUGCCUGCUGACGCCUGAGCUCACCACACCCGCCACAGGGGACGCUGCCAAUCUGUCAGAGCCAGACUUGCUGCGGCACGAUGACCGCAUCAUCCCCGCCCAUUUAGUCACCUUCGCCGCCUAUCACCGAGAGAAAAGGCGGUUCCUUCGCUCGGCACUCUUCUGCUCCGAGUCCUCACUGGAGCGUUACGACCGACGUGCCAACAAUCAGCGGCCCCGCCCGACUUAUGUUGGCGGCGGCGGGGGAUUGUUGCCCACCACCACCCCCAACUGUGUGCUGGAGCAGACUGGCCCCGGCACCUGGGACCACAUGGCCCUCUUGGCGCCCUCGUUGCCCCUCAACAAUGACUCUAACGCGUCCGUGGGCUCUGCUUCUCCUGAAACCCCACGGACGCGCCCCACCACCUACUGCCGCAGCCCCAAGCUGUCUCACUCUAAGUUCGUUGCCAAGAAGACUAAGCGUCACUCGAACUGCUGCCAGUGCGCCGCGGGGGAGUUGGCCCAGACGGUGACGGUGGCCACGAUGAGCAACAACCGCCGCCGCUCCUCCACCAUCCACGUGUGUCUGCGCGGCAACCUGCACCAGUACGUGGACGUGUAGCCUCCACAGGACCGACCCAAAGCUUCGUUCUCCUGUCACUAACUGAUGACGCAUCGACAGGAAGCACAUAUAGCCUCCUGUCCCGUCGCCUUGUUGUGAACUGUGGGAGCGGGGGACAUUAUAACCCGCCAUCGACUACUGUGACUGGUGACUCAACAUGGCGGGUGGCCAGUUCCCACCGACGUGCUGGGUGCUGCAAGUCUGUACGUCUUCGUCAGUCACUGCAUAUCAACGAACUACACGUGACGCCCCCCCACCCUCCUCGACACCAGUUUCAGUAGUGUUCGGGGAGGAUGAAGUCCCUUAAUCAUAGCGUGACAAAACCCUACCUCUUGGACGUGAUAGUUACAGGUAAUAUUUUUAAAAUGUUAUUCAGCCUAGCAGGAGAGGCUGUUUCUAGUCACUGGAGACUCAUCCUCAUGUGCAGGAAGAACUAAAAAACAUUAAUUCACUGUUUGCAGUCUCCAAUCCCACUCACACCCGCCAGCAGCUGUCCUGGGACCUUAGUGUCUAAACCUUUUCUCAUUGAUCAACCACCUCAGUGCUGCAAGCCCGGAGAGAGAAAGUGUUGUGCGUCGUGUUCCCUCGCAAGUGCGCCUCGCCCGGACACUACUUCCUCAAAACCAACAGAUCUUGUUCUCAUCUUCCCGCGCACGCCGGCGUCUGCCCUGCUCCUCGCCGGGAGUUGCUGCCACUUCAUUCAGCGGUUAUCAAUGUAUUUCAAGUAAUAUCUCUAACAUGUUAUAAUUCUGCUAUAAAAUCUUGAACUAGGUGUAUAUCCUACGCGCGCGCGCGCGCACACACACA